GUGUUUGCACGAGACUGCUUCCUUCCUCCUUCCCCUGCCAGUUCUCCUGCCUUCCUCCCUAUCUUUUCGGCCUGGCCUCCCCCUCCCUCCCCUACAGGCCCCCUCCCCGCAGGGAUAAUAUGGUCUCCGGCGAUGGACUCCCCAAGCGCAGGAAACACCUUUGAGUACCUUAUUGAAACAUUAAGUGACAAUUCACAUAAGAAGUUCUUCAAUGUACCUAAACUUGGAGGCACCAAGUAUGAUGUUCUGCCUUAUUCAAUACGGGUCCUGUUGGAAGCUGCUGUACGAAAUUGUGAUGGCUUUUUAAUGAAAAAGGAGGAUGUUAUGAACAUUUUAGACUGGAAAACCAAACAAAGCAAUGUUGAAGUGCCCUUUUUCCCUGCCCGUGUUCUUCUUCAAGAUUUUACUGGAAUACCGGCAAUGGUGGAUUUUGCUGCUAUGAGGGAGGCAGUGAAAACUCUCGGAGGUGAUCCUAAGAAAGUCCAUCCUGCCUGUCCAACAGACCUUACAGUUGACCAUUCUUUGCAAAUUGACUUCAGUAAAUGUGCAAUACAAAAUGCACCAAAUCCUGGAGGUGGAGACCUGCAGAAAGCAGGAAAGCUCUCUCCACUUAAAGUGCAGCCUAAGAAGCUUCCCUGCCGAGGCCAGACUACCUGCCGAGGAUCAUGUGACUCUGGAGAACUAAGCCGAAACUCAGGAAUGUUUUCUUCGCAGAUUGAGAAUACACCCAUCCUGUGUCCUUUUCAUUUGCAACCAGUGCCUGAACCUGAAACAGUGUUAAAAAAUCAAGAAGUAGAAUUUGGCAGAAAUCGAGAGAGGCUUCAGUUUUUCAAGUGGAGCUCAAGAGUUUUUAAGAAUGUAGCUGUCAUCCCUCCUGGAACUGGAAUGGCUCAUCAAGUAAACUUAGAAUAUUUGUCAAGAGUAGUUUUUGAAGAAAAGAAUCUCCUCUUCCCAGACAGUGUAGUUGGCACCGACUCUCAUAUAACCAUGGUGAAUGGUUUGGGAAUCCUUGGGUGGGGAGUUGGAGGCAUUGAAACAGAAGCAGUUAUGCUUGGUCUACCAAUUUCUCUUACUUUACCAGAGGUAGUUGGAUGUGAGUUAACUGGGCCAUCUAAUCCUUUUGUUACAUCCAUAGAUAUUGUUCUUGGCAUUACAAAGCACCUCAGACAAGUAGGAGUAGCUGGAAAGUUCGUCGAGUUUUUUGGGAAUGGAGUUUCACAAUUAUCUAUCGUUGAUCGAACUACAAUAGCAAACAUGUGUCCAGAAUAUGGUGCUAUCCUCAGCUUUUUCCCUGUUGACAAUGUGACACUAAGACAUUUAGAACAUACAGGUUUUGACAAAACCAAACUUGAGUCAAUGAAAAAAUACCUUAAAGCUGUGAAAUUGUUUCAAAAUUACGAGAAUUCUUCAAAACCUGAAUACUCUCAGGUUAUACAGAUUAAUCUGAAUUCAAUAGUUCCAUCUGUCAGUGGUCCCAAAAGACCUCAGGAUAGAGUUGCUGUGACUGAUAUGAAAAAUGAUUUUCAGGCUUGCUUAAAUGAAAAGGUUGGAUUUAAAGGCUUUCAAGUUGCAGUUGAAAAACAGAAUGAUACUGUCUCUAUUCAUUAUGAAGGAAGUGAAUACAAGCUGUCCCAUGGCUCUGUGGUCAUUGCGGCAGUUAUCAGCUGCACCAACAAUUGCAAUCCAUCUGUCAUGCUUGCUGCAGGUCUUUUGGCUAAGAAGGCAGUUGAAGCUGGUCUACGCGUUAAACCUUAUAUAAGAACAAGUUUAUCUCCAGGCAGUGGGAUGGUUACACAUUACCUCAGUUCAAGUGGAGUGUUACCAUAUCUUAGUAAGCUUGGUUUUGAAGUAGUUGGCUAUGGAUGUUCAACAUGUGUGGGAAAUACAGCACCCUUAUCAGAAGCAGUUUUGAAUGCAGUAAAACAGGGUGACUUGAUUACCUGUGGAGUUUUAUCUGGAAACAAAAACUUUGAAGGUCGUCUUUGUGAUUGUGUUCGUGCAAAUUAUCUUGCCUCUCCACCCUUAGUGGUAGCUUAUGCCAUAGCAGGCACAGUGAAUAUAGAUUUCCAAACAGAGCCUUUAGGCAUCGACCCUACUGGCAAGGAAAUUUACCUGCAUGACAUUUGGCCUAGUCGAGAAGAAGUUCAUCAGAUAGAAGAAGAAAAUGUUAUAUUAUCCAUGUUUAAAGCACUGAAAGAGAAGGUAGAGAUGGGAAAUAAACGAUGGAAUUCCUUAGAAGCACCAGACUCAGUAUUGUUUCCAUGGGACUUAAAGUCUACGUAUAUCAGAUGUCCUUCAUUUUUUGACAAACUUACCAAAGAGCCAACUGCACUCCAGCCUAUCGAGAAUGCCCACGUUUUACUAUAUUUGGGAGACUCUGUCACAACAGAUCAUAUAUCACCUGCUGGAAGUAUUGCUAGGAGUAGUGCUGCUGCUAAGUAUUUGACAAACAGAGGCCUUACCCCUCGUGAGUUCAACUCUUAUGGAGCCCGAAGAGGUAAUGAUGCUGUGAUGACAAGAGGCACAUUUGCAAACAUCAAGCUUUUUAAUAAGUUUAUUGGGAAGCCUGCUCCCAAAACAAUUCAUUUUCCAUCAGGACAGACGCUAGAUGUAUUUGAAGCUGCAGAAUUGUACCAGAAAGAAGGUAUCCCACUGAUGAUUUUAGCAGGAAAGAAAUAUGGUUCAGGAAAUUCAAGAGACUGGGCUGCCAAAGGACCCUUUUUGCUGGGUGUGAAAGCUGUUUUGGCUGAAAGUUAUGAAAAAAUACAUAAAGAUCAUUUGAUUGGAAUUGGCAUAGCUCCACUUCAGUUCCUUCCAGGAGAAAAUGCGGAUUCCUUGGGUCUCUCUGGCAGGGAAGUAUUUUCUUUAAUAUUUCCCGAAGAACUCUCUCCAGGAAUUACAUUAAAUAUUAAGACGAGUACUGGAAAGGCAUUCAGCGUGAUUGCUUCAUUUGAAAAUGAUGUGGAGAUAACAUUGUAUAAACAUGGAGGAUUGUUAAACUUUGUGGCACGAAAAUUCUCAUAGUAUCUGCUCACCAAGAUAUCUUUCAUAAUUGGUAACUGCAAAGCCUUUUGUGCUGGACCCAGGAAUUUUUGCAAUGGAGCUACAGAUAAUUACAGUAUACUCACUUAUGCCAUCAUGGAUGUAAAUGAUUAUGAAUCAAGGUAGUGACUGAAAUGAAAUCUUAACUGAUUUUAAAUAAUAUACGAAUGGUGCUAUUAACAUUGCUAAAAUCAACGUGUGAAGUGUGUUGUGGACGAGACCUGUAAGUAUGGGGGGGUAUAUUUUAUCUGACCAUUUUGUAAAUAAAGACAAAAUUUGAACUUGUGUUGAAGAUUAUGAGUAAUCUUCCUGAAGUUGUUAGUUUUGCACCCAUAAAACUGUACUACUGUUUGUUGGUUUAAGAGUAACAGGUUAAGGGACUGGAGAGAUGGCUCAGCAGUUAAGAGCACUGACUGCUCUUGCAGAGGACCCGGGUUUGAUUGCCAGCACCCACAUGGCGGCUACGAACCAUCCUUAACUCCAGUUCCAGGGGAAUCCAAAGCCCUCUUCUGACCUCCAGGGCAUUGCACGACACGGGUGCACUCACGCACAUGCAGGCAAUACGCUCAUACACAUAAAAUAAAAAUAAUAAAAUAUUUUAAAAGAAUAACAGGUUGAAAAAUAGAAGAAUCCAGAUUAGGCCAUAAAAUUUUGGAAAUGGCAAUCUGAUUUAUAAGUGAACUUUUAAGUACAUUCCUUUCCAAAACCGAAUUGGGCACAGAUGGCAUUCCCAGUUUGUAAUGUAAGCCGGAUUUAUCCUUAGUCGCAGUAUGUCUGCAAGGGAUAGAUAGAACAUGCCUCAGAUCACAGUCACUGACCAGUCCAGUCAAAGUUCCCUCCCCAUCUGAAGUUAAGACAGUUGCAGAAUAUAGCCAAUUGUGUGAUACCAUGUAUUAGUGAAAAUUUGUAUUUCCUAUGGUGCAGCCUGUAAUUUUUCAGUAAUGUGCCUCUGUGACCUCUGGUCAACCUCAGAUGGUGGAUAAUUAAUUUGGAUUAUAUUUUGCUCAUCUUAAAUAAUACUAUAACUUCCUGUAUCCCAGUUUAGACACAUCAACUGACAUUCUACGCUCCUUGUAUGAAUGUUAAAGACAACUUGAAUCAUUAAGCUGUAACCUGAUUUCCUCUAGACUUGUAAAUUACCCACCCCAAAUGAUAUGGGUGCUCACUCCUGAGCACUUUUUAAAAUGUUAUUCUUUAAAUUGAUUUCUUGCCAUUUUCAGUCAUUAUUUUACCUGGUAUACAUCGUUGUAUUCAUUUCAUUAUGGCUUAAUUGGUUUUAGUCAAAACUGACUAUAAGGAUAAGACACUUGGAAGUUGCUGCUAUGUGUCUUGUUCUCAGUGCGUUUGCAUCUACUUUAUUACCUCAACUGUUCUGUCCCUGUUUGCCACAUUGUUUGAAAAAGGGUUGGAUAAUUUUAGAAGGACCCUGCAUAUACUCUUCUUAAUUAAGAAAUUAAGCUUAGCAACAAAAGGUUAAUUAAAUGACCUUUAUCUGACCUAGCCUCUGUGCAGUUAUGAGGUAGCUCAAUUGACAAAAUAAAAAAUACUUGUUUUACCCUAACAUUCAGGAACUACCAACCAGUGGGUGAAGAGCACAGAGAGCCUUGCACAUAAUCAGUCAUACAGUCUUUUGAAAAUACUUUUCAAAUAUGUAUUUAGAUAAGUUGGACUAGAAUUUGACAGAGUCUCUUUAAAUUUUUAUAAGUAUUUUUUUGCUAUUUUGAAGUCAUACUGUGUUCCAGUAUAUGCUGUAUAUUUAUUGGUGCAUGUAUUUUUAAUUUACAUGGAAACAUUGAGUUAGGGAUGGAAAAGUUACAAGUUGAGUGAGUACAUACCUGUUACAUGCUUUGAAGAAAUUAUUCCAAUCGCAUGAUGGAAAAAAAUAUUAUUUUGAAGGCAUAGUCUGAGUAUAGGGAUGGGCAUGAACAUUUGAGGUGAUAAACAUAACUAGUUGUGAAUAGACACUAACACUCCAGUCACACCAGUAAUAGUACAAAUUUUGUAUUUUAGGAACAAAAUUAAGGUUCUCUUAAUCCUUUGCUUAGAAACAAUGAACUAAACUCUUGGCAAGCAUGGUUUUAAAUAGGGGAGGGAAACUGGGAUGCCUGUCCCAGUUCUAUAUCUCCUAAUUCUGCCUCUAGCCAAAUGUUGCUGAAGUGUGGUAUCUAUUAGUUUUUAUUGCUUUACUUGCCUCCUUUUUUGACUUUUUAAAUAAUUUCAAAUUAUUUUUAUUUUUGAAAAAUUACCAAUACUGGUAAAAGGAGGUAUAAUAGGCACACAAAAAGCAAAUAAGUAUUGUGAAUUUAAAGUAUAGUUAUCAACAACAGCAUUUAAAAAACAUGCAAUAGCAUAACAGGUUAUACCUUUACUUUGCUUAUCAUAAAUGGAGUGAAAAGGCUACCCAGCUAUUGAAUUGCCAUUAUUAUUUAUACCUUAAAGGUUUCCAGGAUGACAGUUACUCUGUUUUAUCUCUGUGCUACACUUGAGAGGCAGCAGAAUCUCCUUUCCAGAUUGCUUGGACUUUCACUGGUAAUUGUACUAAAAGCUAUAAAGCGAAGAGCUAAGUCAGAGGUACUUGUAUUUGUGGUCAGAAUAUGUGCAUUACUGUUCUCAGGAGUGACAGGAUGAGGAGAAAUUGACAUUUUCUAAUGGUUGAAAAAAAGCACCUUUUUGCCUUUAGGUUUAGGGAGAAGAUAGUAAGAUACUGGGCAGUGAUCCAAUAUUUGAUUUGGAAUAUAAAAGAAGAGAAAUGUGGCUUUUCCAGGGUUUGUUUUUCCCCCCACUUUAAGGGUGACUAUGCUGAUACGAGUUUUUUGUUCUGUUUUUGUUUGUUCAAUUUUACAUGUAAUAUGUGGCUAUAAAGCCAGUAUAUAUUAAAUAACUGCAAAUCAUUGUCUAUUAUUUAAAGCCAACAAAACAGCAUAACAGUUUUAAGUUCAAUAAAUAUUAAGUAUUGUAUAGGAAUAUAUUGGAGGUAAAGUUCAGUUAAUGACAAUUGUGUAUAUGUUCCUGAUGCUGUAAAUUAUUUUUAAUAAAGAAAAUUGUAUUAUCA